GAACGUCUCAAAGCCCUAACCCCGUCCCUCAUAAAAAGGGAUCGAAUCUGAUCCGGCUUUUCUUCUUAGGCUUCGGAGGCGGCAACCACAACCCCAACGCUGAGCUGCAAAUAUGGUGAACGUUCCAAAGACAAAGAAAACUUACUGCAAGAACAAAGCAUGCAAGAAGCAUACACUUCACAAGGUUACACAAUACAAAAAGGGAAAGGAUAGCCUUUCUGUUCAAGGGAAGCGUCGUUAUGAUAGAAAACAGUCAGGUUAUGGUGGACAGACAAAGCCUGUCUUCCACAAGAAGGCUAAAACGACCAAGAAGAUUGUGUUGAAGCUACAAUGCCAGAGUUGCAAGCAUUACUCGCAGCACCCAAUAAAGAGAUGUAAGCACUUUGAGAUUGGUGGAGACAAGAAGGGGAAGGGGACUUCUCUCUUCUAGUUUGUUUUUGUUGAUGUUUCACCGCUCUAGGUUUUUUUGGGAAAGACUGAUUGUAAUUUGUUCUCUGCUGAUUUUAGUUUAAAUUCUAAAUGACUGGAAUGACAAUGAUGUUUAACUUUUGCAUGUUUAUUUAAUUGAUGCUAUCUUUUUGCUGCCCA